AUGGCUGCAAAAGAGGAAGUUAGGAGUGGAAGGGAAGAUGAAGAAGAGAAGUAUGUGUAUAGGAUAAGCACAGACAAAGAGUGGGAGGAGUUUCAGAAAAAUGAAUCUUGUUUUGGUGGACAACUUGACAAAUCUUCUGGCUUUAUCCACCUCAGCAAGCUCGACCAGGUCAUGUCAACAUUACAAAACUUUUUCCUGAAUGCUAAGGUGGAUCUGUAUCUGCUUCAAAUUGAUGCGAACAAGCUUGGGGAUGGAUUGGUAUAUGAAGCCGUGGAUGGUACCAACAGCUUCCCUCAUUUUUAUGGCCCUUCGCGGAGUUUCAGUCCUCUGCCUUUAGACGCAGUUACCAAAGCAGAGAAACUUGUUCUAGCAGAUGGCCAGUUCAGUUGUAGUUUGCUGAAGUAA